GUCCAGAAAUUGGAAGAUGACUAGCGUGGCAAAACCCGACGCCGGAAGCAACGAGAGCGGCAAGCCCCCAUCCAACGGAAAGAUGGCCAAUGGGCACGGCGGGGUGGCUGCACGGCCGGCAGAAGUGGCGGCGACCCCUGGUGGCGAAGGCGAUAACAACAACGGCAAGGUGACGCUGGUGAUUCACAAGUACGAGACGCCCCCUGGUGCCGAGAAGCAGCACGUGGUGCAGACCGAGGACUUGGAGAGAUACGUCGCCGCCAUGAAGGAGUCCGGGGGCUUCAAGGAACAACUCGCGACCCUCAAGACUGGCCAGCAGAAGCCAUGGACGGUUGCCCAGAAGCCGGAGAAUAAGCACAAGAACCGAUACGCUGACCUCCUGCCGUACGAUGACACACGUGUGAUCCUGCAUCCCCUCAAGAACGACCCCUCUUCGGACUACAUCAACGCAAACUACAUAAACGGUUACCACAAGCCGAAGGCCUUUAUCUGCACUCAAGGCCCAGUGGAGAAGACAGUGAACGACUUUUGGCGCAUGGUGUGGCAAGAGGAAGUCUGCAAGUUUAUUAUGGCUGCCAACCUGGUGGAAGAUGGAAAGCCGAUCAGGAUAACCACGGGCAUCUCCCGCAAGGUUGAGCGGUACUGGCCCGAGACGUGCAGCAAGUAUGGCGACAUCAUGGUGACGCUGGUAUCUGAGGAGGUGUUCGUAGACUACACCAUCCGGACCUUCAAAGUCCACAAGUCUGGCGCGGCGUCCAAGCGUGUGGUGAAGCAGUUUCACUUCACGGCGUGGCCAGACCACGGCGUACCGGCCCACCCACUGUCGCUGGUCGAGAUGAUCGAGCUGGCAAAGGCGCCACCCAGCAAGGCGCCGCUACUUCUGCACUGCAGCGCCGGUGUCGGCCGCACGGGCACAAUCGUCCUGAUGGAGGCGGCGCUCGACAUGGCCUUGGCCGAGAAGCGCGUCGACGUGAUGGGCCUGCUGUACAAGCUCCGCCAACAAAGGGUCAAUCUCGUCGAGACCGUGGAGCAGUACGAGUUCGUGCACACGGCGCUCGUGGAGCGGAUGUUCGGCGAACCGACGAGGCAGCCCCGAGACAAAGUGGCCGCGUACUUCAACCGCCUCAAGUUCGAGAAGGCCGGCGGAACGGACCUUGAGCUGCAGUACGAGAAAUUGAAGCAGCUGUCGCCUCCUCUGCCGCCCGAGAAAUGCAAGUUCGCGCUCACCAAUGAGAACCGCCUCAAGAACAGGUCGAUCGAAAUACUGCCCGAUGAAGACGGCAGACCAAUUCUGGGGGCAGGAGCAUCGUCCGUCUACAUCAACGCCGUCUACACCAACGGCUACGCGAGCAGGAGGACAUAUAUCGUCACGCAGUAUCCGCUGAUCAUCACGGUGGAGGACUUCUGGCAGCUAGUCUACGACUCCGGCUCACAGACAAUCGUGCUUCUCAACGAUGUUGAUGCCAAGGAUGAGACGUGCCCGGUGUUCUGGCCACAUACUGGGAGCAUGCACCACCGGCACUUGCGCGUCGAUCACGUGUCCACCGAUGUCAUCACCGGUGGUGUGCUCCAGCGGAAGUUCAAGCUCAGGAACACAGCUAAGUCUCCCAAGUCCCGGCUCCUGAAGCAGUUCCACCUCCAGGGCUGGCGCAAGGGUGACGUCACUCCACCAUCCGUGGACCUCCUGGUGCGAUUCCUCGGCAAAGUGGAGCGCUGGCAGCGGAAGUGCCCGCCCAAGAAUCCCACCAUUGUCGCAUGCUUCAACGGAGCCACCGCGUCUGGUCUCUUCUGCGCGGCGUCCUUCCUGGCAGAGCAGCUGAAGGCCGAGCGGCACGCCGACAUCCUCAUGGCCGCCCGCACAGUGCGACAGCACAGGCCCACCUUUCUGCCGUGCCUGAACCAGUACCGCUUACUCUACGAAGUGGCCUGCGCAUUGGCUGCUCCCAAGCACAGCAAACUUCGCUGAUCCAAGAAGGCGCAAGUUCCUUUGCUGACAUCCAUUCCGUCCCUUGCGAUGGCCGCCCCCUUCUAGCCCCGAUUCUUCGAGGCUACCAAAAUGCCCAAGAACCCGGAGGCCUUUGGGAAGGAAAACGGUAGCCGGUGUUGCUACCAUUUCUUGAAUAAUCACUUCCUGAUUGUUCUCAUAUUUUCUUGCCGAGUCUCCAAGAUGCAUUUCUGUGAUCUAAAACUGCUUUAGAUUGUUUUUAUUGUGACUUACUUCUUUAUGUACUGUAGGCGUCGGCUGUUUAUUGUUUGUCCGAACGUUGUGUCCACCCUGAAGUUAGACAUAUACGCGCGUCAUUUUAUUGAAGGACGACUGAACCCAAAGCACAUCACUGAAUAACUCUGAUUCUUGCUUAUGUCUCCUGUAUUGUGGCCCAGCGAAGCCGCUAGUACUUUGCUACUAGCUGCAUCGCCAAGGCCAAAUUCGGAGCACAUAAAUUCUGAGCCUCCCAUCUUCAACACUUCUUUAAUUUAUUUCUUGAAAUGAAGACAAAAUGCUCGUACCGUAAACACCACUUGCAUUUUUUACCAUGCAGUUUAACCUUAACGCUUUAUCACGCACACGCUUGCUCCAUCAGAUAGACUUGGAUCUCUAUAUAUAAGUUCAUUGAUGUGAGGUUCUGGUGCGCAGGAACUGUUAAAGGCCAACGAAUGGAUUAUGAAAUGUGGAGAUGAAUUUCAUGUGUUGUUGCUUUACAAUAUGGAUUCACACAAGUCAUCUUUUACGAUGGGAUCGGAUAUUUUUGCAUCUGUUCGCACGUGUGUAUAUCAGAGAUUCGUUUAUUUCAUCAUAUGGGUGGUUUACUAUGUUGAAUGCCAACGACAUCGCUCAAUUUUGCACUCUCCUGCAAUGAAAGUUAACAUGGGAGUUUGUAAUUGUGAGCUUCGUUGAUACUUUCAUUUGCCUGUGAACCUGUAGAUAGCUUCUUAGGUGUACAUUUAUUACAUUUUGAUUCACGUUAUGCAAAAUCGCAGCACGAGUGACGACUAUUUCAUUGACGCAUUCACAUAAAAAGUUCACACAGCACUGAGAAACCCCUUUGCUACUUGUGAUGAUUUUAGCUGUUUAUGUUUAUUACGACAAGAAUUUAUGUUUAGAUGCGCCUGUAUAAUUCACUGCCAGAUCCAGUUAUUGUUUUCUUCAUUCGAGAUUGCCUCCUAUUUUGUUUAGGUUUUAGCAAAAAAAGGAGAUUCACGAGGUUGGCUGACUUCAGGUGUGUGUAUUCUAAAUCUGGAGUUGCUGUUAAUCUCUACUGAUCAGAUUAGAAACGUUCAUAUCAUCUGAACAUAAUCGCGUCAGAUCUUAUCGCACAUUGUGCCCUUGGCUGCGAUGAUUUAGGCAUUGAAUCUCAAUGAUGUGCAGGCUGCAUCAUUGCCACAAGUCCUGCGUGCCUGUUUGAAAUAAAGUGUCGGGUAUACGAUGUCGCAGUGACCUUAUGUCGAGAAAUUAGGCAGCUGAACCGUCUAUUCUAUUCCGUGUAUACGCUGGGGCCAAUAGGAAAAAAGCUUGCCGUACCAUCUUCCCAAUAAAGCGUGCAGAGAAUGCAGUAGAGUUUUAAAGCUUUUUGUUUGACUGAGAUCUGCAAAUAUCGAAAUGUCUUGCGCUAUAACGAAGGGAAGGACUGGAAUUAUGCAGUACACAUCCUCUUGUUCACUACGUCCACGUACAGCACGUCGCAGCCUUGCUUCCACUAGGUGGUGUGUAACCUGCACUAGGAAGCCUCAUAAUUUAGUAACUACAUUCACCAGAUCAAUAUUGGUACUAAACAAAACACCCAGGAGUUAUAUAUUUCAACGAAGAUCUUCAUCUUCGUUGACAUAUAUAACUCCUGGGUGUUCCAAACACAAAGAAAAAAAGCACUUAAGAAGCGGUAAUCAUGUGUAUAUCUAGUGAGAGCGCUAUUUAAAAAAAUUUUAUUGAUGGAAUCAGAAAGGUGAAAAGACAUUUGCUUGGGCAGGUUCGGACGUGUUGUAACUAAAUAGAGUAACAGGGCACACACUGUUUCCUUCCAUUUAGCCGGUCCCAUGCGAUGUUACUCUAUUUAGAUGCAAUUAUGGAGUGGUGUACGAUAGUUAAAAAAAGAGUCACGCACUGCUUGUGAGGUCUAUCGUCCGCAGUAGCCUACUUCUCUUCAUUUAUUGCGCUACGAGGGCAGGCAAAUAAGGCGCACCCGCAGAGCAAACUGGGUUGGAUGCUUUUGUCUGUCUUUCUAUGCGUAAUCCUUAAGUUUUCACUUUUUCAGUGUUGCAAAACCCCCGAGAGCUUCUGCACAUGCAGUCAUGACUACUCAUGCGUUUCAUUGCGUCUAUGGUAUACGACCGACCCUUAUCGCUUUCACUGGGCGCACUCGGAAACAAAGCCCAGUGCUGCUACGCAACCGUGAUGGCAGCUAUCAAACAGCGCGUUUACACUCGCGCUAGUGGGUGAAGUCGCUCAGGUGAGCACGGCGUUUCAUUCGUUUUCAAAAGCGUAUGGACGUUAGGAAAGCUAAACCGGGUUUUUUAUGUCGUAUGUAAAGCGUCCAUGGAUUGACCACCUUGAACUGCCAGCAAACCUUUUCUUUUUUUGGCUGAGGUGGAAUGUUUCGGGCCCUCUCGUCAAGCUUGGCACUCCCUCAAAACUACAGAAAGUAGAGCUGGUUGGUACGGAUUCAUCGUCAAAGAAGGUAAGGUUAGGGAAGAGGGGGGGGGGGGGGGUAAGGUAAGAAAAGAACCAGACAACACAAACGUCGUGCACCGACAUAUUAUUGGCGUGUCUGCUCACGUUACCUACUUUCCCGAUGACUUCCUCGAAGCUUGCUCGAGUCGGCGCAUUCCAUUUGGCUCAGGGUGAGGAAUCCGCCGGUUAAACAAACGUGAGGCUGCUUUGCAAAAAUGGCUGUGUGCUCCUGCAAGUAAACUUCGUUUCACCACAACGUAGGUCUGGUGCGCCCGAACAAUUUAAUGGCAGAGGACAAGACCCGGCGUCACUGCACUUGUGCAUGCUUACUAGGAUGUUCAACCUGACGCACGCAUUAUCAUGUGGUUGCUUUAAGUGCGACACCUGCAUCUUUUAGUGCCAGUUACCAACACUAUGUUUCAAUUCUUUUUUUUUUUUGCUCUACGUCAAAUGUCUUUUCACCUGGCUAUGUUGUUGUCAGGUGCAACAGGGCGAAUAGAAGUGUCAAAACAAACCAAAAUAUGUGAUAUUGUAAUUGAAAGACCAGUUAAAGAAAUGCAAUUUGAAAUGUUCAUUCAGAUCCAAGCAAAAGUUUACUGUGUGCCUACAUUUUUUUAGGUGACUGAGUGUACUUGAAACAUGAAUGUAAGCAGUGUAAGACAGCACUUGAAAAUCUAUUACUCAGCCAGUUCACAGGAUAGCGGGAAAUGUUUGGAUGUGCGAUGCGAAGUAAAUGCUUAGGUAAGUAGGCCACACUAAAAGGUCAGUAAAUGAAAAAGGGCCCACGACUUAAUUACAAUGACUUAAUUGCUAAUGCUUGCGGCAGUUCAACAAAGCAAUGAUUAAGUUAUUUCCUGCCCAUGAUCUUACCGCAUGCUACUUCCAGCGAAUUCAUCAUUGGUCCGUAAAUUUGCGUGCACAAAGCCGUAAUUACAUUUUCUUGCAUUCGUGUAUUCGGUAUGGGGCCACACAUCACGGCGGUCCAGUGCAUGGAGCGUUUCUGUAAUCACAGCAAAAUAAUAAUUGCUCCGUUACUCUUUCCUGUUGCGUCCGAGAUGCCAACACGUGUUCUCUGCCAACUUUGGAGCCCAGAAUAGAGCCUCGUGGCGCAUAAAAUCUUACGUUCGGUGCUGUUUCAGACCCGUUUUCAGCUCUGAGUAAUUUCGAGAGUUCAUGUAUUCUACUUGUACAGAAAUCUUUAUUAGAUCGCUCUGCACUGAAGUUCCCUGCAUGAAAACUGAAAAUACGAAUCCGUCACGUACAGUGAACGGACCACAGCUUCAGAAAUGCUGCUUCGAGAGCAAUAAUAAAAUGACCCCAAUGGCCUUGACGUUCGUUCGUCCAGAAUAGAAAAUCCCCCGCCGUUGCCGCCCGCUGCGCAUCGCAUACGACGGGGUUGGCGGCGACCCGCUGUAAUAACAGAGCCGAUGUUCACUGUCUGUUUCUGGUGCUCGCACUGCACAUUUACCUUUUAAAUUGCUCACUCGGGCGCGCUCGUGCUUGCGUAAGAAUUCUCUCUAUGUAUCGCUGGUGCUAAUCCAUGCAUACCGCAAUAUGGCCGGAGUUCGUGGUCGCACUAUCUGCUUGCCUUGAUAAGUAUCGAUAUCUGAGAAGUCGCAUAGGAACUAUAAGAUGAGUGUUCCUCUAUUCGUCCCUUUGCUUUUCUACGUUGUCUUUAUAUGAAAGCGCCGCAUACUUUUAUGUUCUAGUGCAGUUUUAGUGUACCCUUCGAGCAGUGCAGGAGGUUCUAUGUUGUAUUACUUUGGCGGCAUAUGAUAAAAUGUGAUGAAUUCUCAUUUCGUGCCUGCAAUGGCCAAAUGAUGUAUUUCGUGUCCGUCACUUGAGUACAAAGUGUUUCUGAAAAUGUCACAUAUCGAAAACAGUGUUUCUCGGAGUAAAGGCAUCAGCAUUUCUGCCUUUGUUCUCCCUCUAUACCAGCUAUUGUUAACGACAUGACAAGAUUAAGCAACACCACCCAGGCGCACAGAGAUACACAUUCAACAGCUUCGUAGUUUGAUUCUCGAAGCCAUACAACUAUUAUGACGUCAAAAGAGCUGAGCCCAAAAGCAGUGGUUUGUCUCGUGUUUGCCAGGAGGCUCAAUCUAAAAUGUGAAAAUUGUGUUUCAACAUUGUGGUAGGUCAUGCUGUGUGCAAUUAGUCCCGCAUACUUUUUUUUUACUUUUGUUAACCUGCGUGUUCACCUCCCUUACUCGCUGUCCCUAUUGAUUUCACUGCGUACGAUACCAAAUCGAAUCUAUGUUGUCGUGUUGCUUGAUUAUUGUUGCAGAAUCAACGCACAAGAUCAUUCAUGAUCGAUAUAUUUAAACGCUUUAGUCUGAGGGAGAACAGCUUUGGGGGAUGCCUUCACUCCUUGAUGAAAAGGAAGAACCUUGUAUUUCAUACGAAACACGCAUAAGCCAUACCUUCUACGCUGAAUGAAAUGCUGGGAUGGUUUGGCAACAGAUGUGACAUGUGUGGGAAGAGGGUGAAUAAAGAUUUCACUAGCACGUCCAAUAUUGAUUUUCGCAUUUGUCAGUAAUUGUUUUCUCACCUGAAAUGCAGAUUCUCAGAAUAAAACUCUACGAAGCAAUU